GAAAACAAAUAUUUGUAUAUAACGUGAUUUCAUUAAAGAGAGAUCACACAAAUUAUCUUGAUAUUAGAAAAAAGAAAAAUAUUUUUUUUUAAUUUUGAAGUAAUAAAACACUUUUCUUAUAUAUAUAUAUAUAUUCUUAGAUGAAAACAAAUAUUUGUAUAUAAUGUGAUUUUAUUAAAGAGAGACAAAUGAUCUUGAUAAAAAAAGUACGCUAUAUGUGCAUAUAAUGUGACACAGUUUAAUAUUAUAUUAUUAUAUUUAAUUGAGACUAAAUACGCUAUAGUCAAAAGUACAAAAAAACGCUAAACCUAAUAACGAAAACAGCUAAAUUAAGUCUAUAUAAUAUAGACUGUUUACGUGUAAUCUUUGUUGUCAAGUUCUGUAAUUUUGUUAAGCAAAACAUGAUAAAGAAAACAGACUAUAUUAAUUAUUUUUUGAUUUUACGAAAAAUUUUCACUCUGUCAAGGAAUUAUGUCUAAAUAGCAUUCCAAAAUCACCAAAUUGUUCAUAGUAAAUUGACUUUUAUGAUUCUGUUAUAAAGUAUUUUCUAUGUAUCAGAAUAUAUGAUGCAUGUAUAAGUUUUUUAUAUAUAUUAAGAAAUCAUUUAUUUUUUUAUUGAUGUCAUCUUUUCUUUAUCUAAAUACAGGUUAACCAAAUGAAAAAUGGUAUGUAUAAUAUAACUAGAAAAAAAAAAUUAAAAUUAAUACAAGAGUAAAGAAAGAUCUAUCUAAUUGGGCAAAUAUCAGAGUCUACUAUAAUGUUCAAGCUGUCUACUAUAAUGCUCAAGCUGUAGCUCAUUCUAGUCAAAUUGUUUGUUCUUUUGCCGAAUUUCCAAGUGAUCAUUGUGCAUUCAUGAUCAGCUUGGAUGAAAGCUACAUACCAAAGACGUAUGAGGAAGCAUAGAAGAUGAAGAAUGGAGAACUCAGUUGCGGAUGAGGCUGAUUCUAUGAUCAAGAAUGCAACAUGGUUUAAAAGUAAGCUGACUAAAGAAAAGAAGGCAAUGUCUUGUAAAUGAAUAUUGAUAGGAAAAUUGAUAGGAAGAAGACCAUAUUUGUGAUUAGAGGGUUUACUCAAACUUAUGGAGAGGAUUACAUUGAUACAUUUGCACUAGUUACUAAGCUUCACACCAUUCAGAUUAUAGUGUCAAUUGCAACCAACCUUAGAUGAAACUUGUGAUAAAUGGAUGUGAAGAAUGUUUUUCUACGAAGAGAGCUUGAAGAUGAAGUAUACAUGUAUCCUCUUCUUGGUUUUGAAAGUCUGGUGAAAUCAAGAAAUGUUCUAAAGUUGAAGAAGACUAUCCAUAGAGCAUGGUAUCAAGCAAUUCUUAAAAUAUUACUUAUAAUAAUACGAAACCAAGAGUAUAAUUUGUUGUAAUGGUUUUUUAUGAAACAAACAAAAAAAUAGAAAAUUUAGCGAUGCGGUCGUUAGGGAUGCUGCCGGAUAAUUUAUAAAAGAAACACACUCAAAUAACAGUUGUACAAUGUACAUAUUUAUUACUAAUACAAAUCACCAAACAUACUUAUACUUAGAGCAAUCGACAAAAGAAGUGUUGGUUAGUGGUCCUUUUGAAUACUACAUUUCAAUUAACAUCACUAAAAUAUUACAGCUAUAAAGCAUAACUUAUAUCUCUAUUUACACAAUACAUUUAUAUAUAAUAUAUAUAAUUCAUAUGAUAUAAUAUAACGCAUGUCAUCUUAUGCUAUUAUAAUAUUUAUAGAGCCUUCCUCAUCAUCUUUGUCCCCUUAACAAACCUUAACUUUGAUCUAAACCAAAACCAAAAAAACUAGCACAAUGGGUUACGGUAGGCUCGGACAGUCAGGUUCGGCACACCCGAGCCAAAAAGACCCUGCCACGUCACUCCCGGAGGUACAAAAGAAAACUAAGACGAAGCUCAUUCUCUUCACUUUAGCAGUUCUGGUCGUUGCAGUGGUCUGCUUUGGUAUCUUUGCCGGCAUCCGAUCAAUAGGUUCGGAUCGACAUGAGCCUAAACUAAACCGUAAACCGACCCAGGAAAUCUCCCGAACCUGUAGCAAAGCACAAUACACGAGCCUCUGCAUCGACACGCUUCUUGAUUUUCCGGGAUCUUCAACCGCCGACGAGCAACAGCUCCUCCACAUCUCUUUCAACGCGACGCUUCUGAGUUUCAGCAAAGCGCUUUAUUCAUCGUCGAAAAUCUCGUACACUCAGAUGCCUCCACGUGUACGUUCUGCUUACGACUCUUGCCUCGAGCUGCUCGACGACUCAGUCGACGCGCUCUCACGUGCCCUCUCCUCCGUCGUCAUCUCCUCUUCCGGUAACGAUGAGUCUCACUCCGAUGUGAUGACGUGGCUCAGCUCAGCGAUGACUAACCACGACACUUGUACGGACGGGUUCGAAGGUGUCGGCAACGGAGAAGUGAAGGAUCAAGUGGUCGGAGCGGUGAAGGGUUUGUCGGAGAUGGUGAGCAACUGCUUGGCGUUAUUCUCCGGCAACGUUAACGAUGUAAACGGAGUUCCGGUGGCGAACAGGAAGUUACUUGGCGCAGAAGAAACAGAGGAGUUUCCGAGUUGGUUGAAGAGAGGAGACAGAGAGCUUCUCGGUACUCCGGCGACGGCGAUCCAAGCGGAUAUUACGGUGUCGAAAGACGGUAACGGCACGGUUAAGACAAUCGCAGAGGCGAUCAAGAAAGCGCCGGAGCAAAGUAGCCGACGAUUCGUCAUCUACGUUAAGUCAGGAAGGUACGAAGAAGAUAAUCUCAAGGUUGGUCGGAAAAAAACAAACUUAAUGUUCAUCGGAGACGGCAAGGGUAAAACGGUCAUAACCGGUGGAAAAAGCAUCGCCGAUGACCUCACUACUUUUCACACCGCCACUUUCGCCGCGACCGGAGCUGGGUUUAUAGUGAAAGACAUAACGUUUGAGAACUACGCCGGACCAUCUAAGCACCAGGCCGUGGCACUUCGUGUCGGCGGAGACCACGCUGUUGUUUACCGUUGCAACAUUAUCGGUUACCAAGACACUCUGUACGUACAUUCUAACCGACAGUUUUUCCGCGAAUGCGACAUCUAUGGAACGGUUGACUUUAUAUUCGGGAACGCAGCUGUGAUCUUACAAAGCUGUAACAUCUAUGCGCGUAAGCCAAUGCCUCAGCAGAAAAUCACCAUCACGGCUCAGAACCGGAAAGACCCGAACCAGAACACGGGGAUAUCGAUCCACGCUUGUAAGUUACUAGCCACGGCGGAUCUUGAAGCCUCCAAAGGUAGUUUUCCGACGUAUCUCGGCCGUCCGUGGAAGUUAUACGCUAGAGUUGUGUACAUGAUGUCGGAUAUGGGCGACCACAUUAACCCGAGAGGAUGGUUGGAGUGGAACGGUCCGUUUGCGUUGGACACGUUGUACUAUGGUGAGUAUAUGAACCGAGGGGUGGGAGCAGGUAUAGGUCAACGAGUCAUGUGGCCGGGCUAUCAUGUUAUUACUUCGACGGUUGAGGCAAGUAAGUUCACGGUGGCUCAGUUCAUUUCCGGUUCGACGUGGUUGCCUUCGACCGGCGUGGCCUUCUUCUCAGGGUUGUCAGAGUAGGACGUCUCACUCUCAGCCUUGUAUGUACCAAAUUACAUGAAAGAUUUUAUAUACGAAACGCAAGUGUAAUUAUAUGAUGGGACAUCUUCUUGAAUGGAAUAAAAGAUUAUGACUUGAAUAUUA